AAAGCUUUAAAAAUCUCGAGGACGACAUCGAAGAAAUAGCCGUGAGAUUCUCUUCAUUUAACGAUAGUAACUACUUACCGAACGCAAGUACUGAUAGUGACGGCAGCGACUCUACUGAGACGGAUGAGUAGGAUGGUAAUGAUACGCUUGAUCGAAAAAGAUUGUUGCUCAAUGAAUUUCUUACAGCAUGUGGAAGAGAGAUAACCAAUCCGUUGAAGAAGGUAUGGGGUGACCUUAGUGAACGAUCUAAACACAGUCAUGCAUUGAAGGCUGGGAAUGCAGUUCUGGCAGUACUUGAAGUUAUUGUUCCAAACAAUGUACCUGAAUUAUGGGAGACCAUGAAAUCCUUGAAAAGCGUUGAAUCAGCCAUGGGUAUAAAUCAAUCAUACAGUCAAGAGGAGAAAAUGUACCUGGAGGCACUAUCAGAGUCAUACCAAAAUAUGCUGACUCAGUAUACACCAGAAGGCAAAGAUUAUCUAUUUUAGUCGAUUUAGUUCGGUACUCAAGUAUAAAGGCCUACAUACCAGGAGUAACUGAUUACAAAAUCAAGAUUGCAAGACAUCAUCAACUGGAGCAUGGGAGGGGUACUCUCAUAUCUACACCAAGAAGUCCAAGAAUGAAGGUCGAUCCAUUGCAACUAGAUAACUUUCUCACCUUUAUUACUACCUCUCAUGUGGUGCAGGAUAUACCCUUUGGCCAGAGACGCUUGAAGCUGUCCAAUGGGAAAAUUUUGGAAAUCCCAAAUGUAAUAAGAAYUAUGAUACCACAACGCAUCGCAGACCAGUACGAACAAUAUUGUAAAGAAACUAACUUCAAGCCAUUCAGCAAGUCAACAAUGUUAAGCAUACUGUCAUCAUGUUCUGCAAGCACACGCACAUCACUACAAGGAUUGGACUAUUUUGCCGCAGAUGGUGCUAAAGGUUUUGAUGACCUAGCAUCUAUUGUCGAUAAGCUUGUUGACAUUUCUAAGUUUGAUAGAGAAGAAGGGCAAAGAAUCAAAAAUGAUCUUAAGGGAGGAAAGCUCUACAUCAAAGACGACUAUAAGGUACAUGCCUCAGACGCCUCAACCAUACCAGAUCACUGUAUUCCUUUUUCACUUAGUGAUACGACGGAUGAGUGUUUCCAGAAAGUUUGCGACCACAGACAUGAUCAUAGUUGUAAAAACUGUGAUAGCCUGAGGAAAGCAAUCAAUGAUGUAGAAACCGCAAUUAAUGCGGCUAACCUUCCAAUCGAAGAUCACGACGAUGUUCUUUUUGCAUAUAAAGAAGCUUCUCAGGCGAUCCUUGCAUGGAAAGCACACCAAGUUCGCUCAUUGCACCAAGAUAAAUCCCGUAUUGAUGUGAUAGACAAGCUAGAUCAUNCGAGAAAAAAACCAAAGUCAUGA